AUGGUUCUUCAUCCAAUCAAUGAAUCAAGGUUAUUGCAAGAUGCUUCGAACAAGAGUGGUGUUGUAAAAACUUUUUUACAAGUAAAAAAUGCAGUUGUAAUUGUUGGGUCUGAUUCUGGACCAGUUGGAGAUAGUUACAAUCAUGAACUCUUUGUACUUUGUUGUGUUUUUAUUGUAACUGCUGUAGUUGUUCUGGCUGUACUGGGGUAUCUUAGAUAUGAUUUUCACCAAAAACGAGAACUUCUUAGCAAUCCAAAUAAUAAACUCUACAGACAUGAUAACGAUAUUGAAGAUAAAACAAAAGUUUACGCAGAAGUUGGCAUUAUGGAUAUUUAUAAUGUUAAAAGUUUUAAUAUAAAUAAGGAAAAGUAUAAUGGCGACAGUGUUAUAUGUCCUAGUAAUUUGGAAAAAUAUUCAGUUGAUUCUACGGGUAAUUAUGUUUAUGUUUAUACAAAAUCCACAGAAAAAAAUGUAGUGGAAACGAUUAAUUCAAAGGGUAAUGAUGAGGGUGAGAUUAAUGAAUUAGAUAAAGAAGCAAAUACUAAGAAGCCCAAGUCUAAGCAAUAUUACUACGUUAUGCCUGUUCAACAAUCUAUGUACUUUGUUAAACUUGAAUUUGAUGAAAGUAAAAUCAAGAAAGUAACGAAUGUAUACGAGGAGGAUUACAAUGAUAAAAAGAACAAAUACAUCGAAACAAAAAAAUUAUACAAGGAUAUAAUGAAAAUACAAAACAAAAAAAAAAAGGAUAAAGAAACUAUCAAGUUCCAAGAAAUAAAGAAUAAAUACGAGAAAAUAGAGGAAAUUUACAAUGAGAAUAAAUACGAGAAAAUCAAGAAUGAAUUUGAGGAAAUAAAUAGUAAAUACGAGGAUUCAGAUGAAAGUGCAAAGGAGGAGAUGAAAAUUGAAUACGAGUACAAAAAGGAAGAAUACGAGUACGAGACAAGAAAGAAAGAAUACAAGGAAUUGUGGAAAGAAUAUGAGGAGAAAAAGAAAGAACACGAGAAAGAAUACAAGAAAAUGUGUAAAGAAUAUGAGGAAAAAAAGAAAGAAGACGAGGAAAUAAAUGAUGAACACGAGGAAAUAAGUGAUGAAUACAGUAAAAUAGAAAAAUACAAGGAAGUGAUGAAAGAACACGAGAAAAAGAUCAAAGAACACGAGAAAAAGAUGAGAGACAAUGAGAAAGGGUGGAAAGAAUAUCAGCAGCAAAAAAAGAAAAAAUACGAGGAAGUUUACAAAUACGAGAAAAUCAAGAAUGAAUACAAUGAAAUAAAUAGUAAAUACGAGAAAGCAGGAGAAAGUGCAAAGAAGGAGAUGAAGAUUGAAUAUGAGUACAAAAAGAAUGAAUACGAGUACGAGAAAAAAAGGAAAAAACACAAGAAAAUGUGGAAAGAAUAUGAGGAAAAAAAGAAAGAAUAUGAGGAAAUAAAUGAUGAAUACGAAAAAAUAGAUGAUAAAGGAUGGAAAGAAUUCGAGAAAAAGUGGGAAGAAUAUCAACAAAAAAAGAAAAAAUACGAGGAAAUAAAGGAUGAAUAUGAGAAAUUAGAAGAAGAUAAAAAGGGGGCGAAGAAGACUGAGUAUGAGGAAAAAAAGAAAGAAUACGAGGAAAUAGCAGAUGAAAAAAUUAAAGAAUACGAGAAAAAGUGGGAAAAAUAUCAACAAAAAAAGAAAAAAUACGAGGGAAUAAAGGAUGAAUAUGAGAAAUUAAGAGAUGAAAAGGUGGAGAAGAAGUCUAAGUACGAGGAAACAAAAGAAGAAUACGAGAAAAUAGCACAUAAAAAAUUUAAAGAAUACGAGACAAAGUGGGAAGAAUAUCAAGAAAAAAAGAAAAAUUACAAUGAAAUAAAGAACAAAUAUGAGAAUCCAGAAGUAAUUAAUAAAAAGAAGCCUAAGGACAAGAAAGUAUACGAUGAAAAAAAGAGAGAAUAUGAGGAAAUAAAAGAUGAAAGAAUGAAAGAAUACGAGGAAAUAGCAGAUGAAAAUAUGAAAGAAUACAAGGAAAAGUGGGAAGAGUAUCAACAAAAAAAGAAAAAAUACGAGGAAUUAAAGGAUAAAUAUGAAAAAUUAGGAGGAGAUGGGAAGACUGAGAAUGAGGAAAUAAAAAAAGAAUACGAGGAAAAAAAGAAAGAUUACGAGGAAAUAAAAGAUAAAAAAGUGAAAGAAUACGAGAAAAUGUGGGAAGAAUAUCAAGAAAAAAAGAAAAAUUACAAGGAAAUAAAGGAUAAAUUUGAGAAAUUAAAAGGAAAUAAAAAGGUGGCGAAGAAGACUGAGUACGAGGAAAUAAAGAAAGAAUACGAUGAAAAAAAGAAAGAAUAUAAGGAAAUAAAAGAUAAAAAAAAGAAAGAAUACGAGGAAAUAGCAGAUGAAAAAAUGAAAAAAUACAAGGAAAUAGCAGAUGAAUAUGAGAAAUUAGAAGGAGACGAAAAGGUGGCGAAGAAGACUGAGUACGAGGGAAAAAUGAAAGAAUUCGAGGAAAAGUGGAAAGAAUAUCAACAAAAAAAGAAAGAAUACGAGGAAAUAAAGGAUGAAUAUGAGAAAUUAGGAAAUAAAAAGAUGGCGAAGAAGACUGAGUACGAGAAAGAAAAGAAAGAAUACGAGGAAGAAAUUAAAGAAAAAAAAAAAAAAUAUGAAAGUAAAAAGAAAGAAUAUGAGGAAAUAAAAGGUAAAUAUAAGAAAUUAAAAGGAGGGACUGAAAACCAGGAAGAAAUUAAGAAAAAAAAAGUUGAAUAUGUAAGUAAAAAGAAUGAAUACAAGAAAGAAAUAUGGGAAUACAAGAAAAUAAAGGAAGACGAAAUGGAGAAUCCACGGAAAGGGUACAUGAAGGCAAAGGAAGAUUACGAGAAGGCAACAGUUGAUUACGAGAAUGCAAUGAAUAAUGAUACUAAUUACGUGAAGCUAAUGAGUUAUGUGAACAUAAUUGAUAAGAAUAAAGGAAUGGAGGAGUACAAUGAAAAAAAGGAAGAAUUGAAAUACGAAAAAAUAAAGAAAGAAUACAAGGAAAAAAAGAGAGAUUAUGAGGAUGCAAUGAGAAAAAAGGAUAAAGAGAUAAUGAAAAUGCUCGGGGAUGGAAUGGAGAAUGAGGAUGGAAAUGGAGGACAGAGCGAAGUGGAGUAUUUAAAUAAUAUUAAAAAGGCAACGGAAAGAUACGAGAAUGAUCAUAAGGAAGAUGAACAAACAAAGAAAGUUUAUGUGGAAAAAUUGAGAGAAUACAUUAGCGCAAAGCAAAAUAAAUACGAUAAACAAAGGAUAAAUAUAGAGACUGAGACAAGGAUAAAAUACCGGGAAGCGAGCGAAAAAUACAUUAAAGAUAAGGUGAACAAAAUAAUGGCUAAAUACAAAGAUUCACCGGAAGUAAUUGAAAAACACGAGAUGAAAAAAAUUGAAUACGAGAAAAAAUUAAAUGAAUGUGAGAAAACAUUGAAAGAAUACAAGCAACAAAUGAGGAAACGCAGUUAUGGUCAUACACAUGGUUAUACAAAUUUUAAAGAUUUGUGUGAUAAGCAAGAGAGAAUAAGAGAUAAAAUGGUUAUGUUAGAAUAUGAGUUAAAAAUGAUUGAAUUUGAGGAAAUAAAGAGAGAAUACUAUUUCAUUAAAGAAAAAAAUGACAGGGAUAUAAUUUAUAAAGUAUACCUGGAAAAAGAGAAAGAAUAUAGGGAAGCUAAGAAAAAAUUCGAUGACUUAACGAAGAAAAUAACUAAAAAAUACGAUGAUUUAAUGAAAGAAUACGAGAAAGCAAAAGAGAAAAAAAAGAAGGAAGAAACAAAAAAAGAAUAUAAGGGAAGAACCAAGGAAAUUAAGGAAAAAAUUAAGAAUGAAAUCGAUAGAAUUAGAAAUGAAAUAGGUUGUGAUGGAAUUGCAUUUCACAACUAUGCUGGUGGAAGUUUCAAAAAGCAAAAUGAAAUCAUUAGAUUCAAACCGAAAGAACCGAAUGACCUUGAAAAAGGACUUUCUAUUAGUAAUAAUAAGAGUAUUGAAUGUAUGAGAAUCGAAGGUCACUUGAAUUACAAUCCAUAUAAUUACUUGUCUCACUUGAAUUACAAUGCUUACAAUCCCUAUAAUUACUUGUCUAACUUGAAUUACAAUAAUUACAAUCCAUAUAAUUACUUCUCUACUACUUUCCAUAAAGAGGAAAACCCUUCAAAAGAGGAAAACCCUUCAAACGAGGAAAACCCUUCAAAAGAGGAAAACCCUUCAAAAGAGGAAAACUCUUCAAAAGAGGAGGACAUUAAGAAAUUUAUUCUGUGGGAUCUAAACUUCUCAUCGGAGAAUCAGGAUGAGCUAGAAUUCGCAUGGGAGAAACAGGAAUCAGAGAAACUGGUGAAUGUCGAAGUUAAGACGACACUGGGACUGAAGGAACAAGAACUGAUGGAGCUGAAACAGGAACAAAAGAAAAUAGAACCAAAUUCCUCACUCAUUGGAGGUUUGGCUUUGAACCAAUCCCUAAUUUCUAAUUCUAUUAGCAUAAUUACAUUGUGA